UGAUGCCAGCUUGCAGUCGUCGCGGUUGUUUAAGAACUGUCAAGCCAGAUCAACGCAACGCUCGAUCACUCGUGUACGACGACACAGCCAAAGCAAAACUGCUAUAUUCCGAGUUCCGCUUCCAUCUCAGGACUGAUUGUCGAAUUCCUCCAACGAUACCACCCGCGACACUGCGACACCUCCAGCAUGAACACAACCUUCAACUCGGCGCUCAAACAGCGCACGACAAUCCGCAAAGACCUCUCCCUCCUAUCCAACCCCACCACCGACAACAACCCACAACAACAACCACAACAAGUCACGCCAGCCGCGCUGGGCUCCCUCUCAGCCUCGCUGACUGCCUUCGCCCGCACGAUAGACGAGUACCACGCGCUGGCCAAGCAGGAGCUGAACAAGGCGAAGCAAGAGAAAGCGUUGGAGCGCAUCCGCGACUUCCGCGCCGAGCUGGCCGACUUCCGCGCGCAGCUCGACACACUCAAGGCGGCGCGCGAGGAGGCGGCGCACGCGGAGAAUAGGAGCGAGUUGUUGGGGAGGAGGCCGUUUGCUGCGUCGACGCCGGAGAAUCCCUAUAAUAACUCUUCUUCUGUGGGAGGGGGUGGGUAUGGGUUAAAUCGAUCAGGAGGAGGGUCAGGAGGGGGAGGGCAUGCGCGGACGACGAGUAUCGCUGAGCGGGGGAUAGCAGCACCAUCGCCGUCAUCAGGAGUGGGGGGGUUUGGAAUGGGCAGCGGGGAUGUGACACGCGAGAGCCACGCGCUGCGGGAGCAGGCCUUCUUCGCCAGCACGCACUCGGCGCUGGACGAGUACAUUGCGCGCGGGCAGGCGGUGCUCGGGGACCUGGGCCAGCAGCGCGAGAUGCUCAAGUCGACGCAGCGCAAGCUGUACUCGGUGGGCAACACACUCGGCAUCUCCGGGGAUACUAUUCGUAUGAUUGAGCGGCGGCGAAGCAGGACAAGUGGAUCUUCGGGGCCGGGGUCGUUGUGUUUUUCUUGUUUUGCUGGUUGGUGUUGCAUUAUCUGCGGUAGGGAUCGCAGCCUAAUGGGGGGAGAUUGGUGGUGCUUUCGUCUAGCGCGGAGUUCAGGCGUUGGCGUGCGUCAAUAGGACUUCAUAACCGUCUACUUCUAUGCCCGUAACCGGUAAGCAGCCUGCCUCCUGAUACCCAGCAUCGCACAAGAUAUAUCCAACCUCCCCA